CGGUGACGACCGUCAACCUCAACACGUCCAACUCGCGACUUUCUGUUUUUAGCUCUUAACUCGUUUUCCCGCGAGGAACAUGGAGGGAUAUAACUUGACAAAAGAGAAGCUCAGCGUCCCCACCGAUUUUACCACGUCGUCUAUGUCCAGGUAUAUCCAGACGGACCUGAUCCCCCCCUCCCAUUUUACAUCAAGUGUUCAGGCUACUGGAAUGCUGAGAGCUACUCAGAAACAAGAGAGCACACCCAUCUCCUGGCUAACCCCGGCCAUAAUGCCAGCAACACCGGUGGACCCCAGCCCUGCCAAUCCAUGGCUCGCCCUCACUCAGGCCCAACGAGAAAUUCUGGAGUUACAAAAGGAAAAUCAGAGAAUUAUGACAUUACAAGCAGACAGCACAGACCACUCUGCGGACUCUGGCACAAGGUCGAAGGAAAGAAGAGAGCUGUGGUGCAGAUAUGAGACCGAAUGGAGACUGGAUGUGGAGAGACACAAGGCGGAGGCAGAGAGGCUGAGAGGGCAAGUAGAGGCCCUUAGAGAGGCUGCAGAGAGACACAGGGAGGAUAUGCGAGACAAAGACGGUAGCCUCAACAGACAGACACAUGAAAUGGAGUUAAUGCGUGAUGAGUUAUGUAAGGCUAAGACUGAACUGAACCAAAUCACAGUGGAGCUCAAACAAAACAAAGAGGAAAAAGAGAGAAUUGUAUUCCAGCUUGAAAGACUUGAGAAAGAGUGUGGUGAAGAAAUAGCAAGAUUGAGGAGUGAGGUAGAGGAGAGCAGAGAAGAGGCUCGGAGUAACAUGCUGAAGGCUGAGAUGGCCAAGAUGCAGGCUGGGGAGGAGGCCAAAAAACAGAAUCUAAGACUAGCAGAGCUAUUUGAAGAAUCGAAGAAAAAGCAGGCGAUGGAGCUGCAGCAGAUGACUACUACUUACAAUGCAGAGCUUGCCACGGCAAGGCAAACCAACAGUGAACUACAGGACAGACUUAGUUCCCUGACCUCAGAAAUGCUGCGGCUGCAGAGCAGUCUGAUAGAGGUGUCUACUGAGAGAGAUGGGUUGAAAGAACAUCUGAGCCAAAUGGGACAGGCUUUUGAGACCCAGUCGACAACACUGCAGAGUCUUAGAAAUUAUAUUGGACAGCUAUCCCCUGGGAGAGGGGAGAAGGAGAAAGGAGAGAGAGAGAAGUUAACUGAAACCAUUGAGAGUCUAAAAAAAGAGAGGGAAGCUCUUCAGAUGACCAAAGAGCUUUUGACAGUCAGAUUUAACUCUGUGAGUGAGAUAUUGGCCCUUCAAGAGGAGAAAAUUGUUAUGAAAACCUUGUCUGACCCACUACUGAAGACUGGUUCUGAAGGCCUUCAAGUGCUGCAGCUCUGGAGAGAGAGAGUCUUCAAGCUGUGUGUUCAGCUUCGCUCAAAGGACAUUGAACUAAGAGCAGAGAAGGAUAAAUACCUUUCAACAGUUAGGUCAAUGGAGCAGCAGGUCAAACAGGAGCAGUACCAGGCUAGUGUGCUCCAACACAGUCUGGAUGACAGGAUUGCGGAGCUGGACCUAGAGAGAAUGGCCAACGCUACGCUGAAACAGGACUUGGCCCAGGCUCUCAAAGAAAACUCGCAGCAGAAGUCAUGGAAUCAGAAAUCAGAAGCUGCAUCAAGAAACAUGUCAGGCACAGUCCAGAAAUUCUGUUUGGCAUUCGAGGCCAAGGUUGCUGAAGUGGACAGAGCUCAAACACAACUUCCUGUUUUUACUCAGAGGCUAUCGUUUGCAUUAAGAAGAGUGGAGACAAUUCAAGGCCUGAUCAUGAGGAGGAUGGCCCUACAGAAAGUGCAGCAGGCCAGUAAAGAUACAGAGCAGUCUGCUGACAAUAUCAAAAACCUCCAGGUAGAGCUCAGCUUGGUCUGUGAAGAGAGGGACAAACUCACCCAGGAGCUCAAAAGAACUCCAGAGCUCAUUGAAAAGGCCCUAGCCGAUCUGAGAGAUCAGUUCGACAGCAAACUGAGGCAGCAGCAGCAGGAGUUGGAGCAGAGUCGGUUGGAGGUCUGUGAGGCUGUUUGUAGCAGAGCGGAGGCCCAGCAAAGACUGCAGCAGGCCCAGACACAGCUGGAGAGCAAGGUCAACCUGGAGCAGCUACAUUCUGAGCUGCUCAGCCAGCAGGAGCACAGCGAGCGAGCUCGGAGGGAGAAAGUGUCUGAGAUGGAGCACCGCUGUGCUGAGCAGCUGAGAGAGAUGGAGGUCCAAGUCAACACGGCUAGGAGAGAGCACACUAAAGCAGUGAUGGCUCUGCGACAGCUGGAGAGGCAGGUGCAGAGAGACCGGGAUCGGACGAGGGCAGCUCAGCAUGUGCAGAGUGACCACACAAAGAGGGAGAUUCAGGAUUUACAAAAACGACUAAAGGAGACAGAAAGGGACAAAAACUUACUACUGGCCACUGUCCAUGAGAGAGGACUCAUAAAUGAGUAUCGGAGAGCCCGCACAGCAGCGCUGCAAAACUCUGUGGCUCUGGGGCCAAAGCGAGACAAGCCCUCAGAGAAGAGUCGUGGCGCAGAUGUCAAAGCUCAGCCACCUGCCAAAGAUACGCUGCUGUCAGUGCUAGAGGACUUGCAGGCUCUCAGUGCCGCGGUGGUCAACAGCUCCGAGGACUCGAUUGAAGAGGAGGGACAGGAGGGUGAUGUGUGACUCCCCAUUGCCAGUCCACCACCCAGCUGUUAGUCAAGUGAGCUUCAUCAUUCCCUCAACCCCCACCCCAUAAACACACAACUUCUAUGUUGCUUUGAAGAUUCAACUGAGCCAGUAAUAAACAUACAUUUAAAUUAUGGCUUGGAUGAGUGAUUUUGACAAUGACGAGUUCCUAGGAAAACCUCACAAUUGGCACAGAUUACACGCUUAUGUCUUUCCCUAGCUCAUUUUAUGCAAUAAAAACUGCAGUAAACAAAUGUAUCAGGUACUUAAUGUAAUGACUGUGUUUGUGUGUGUGUGUGUGUGUGGGGAGGGGGGUUGACAGUCACUUAUUUACAUAAAGGUUGGAUUUAAAAUAGCCUGAAAGGCAUUUAUCAUUCAGUGUUAUUUAUACUUUCCUCUGUGCCAUAGUUAUUAGUAGGAGCUACGCAAGUAGUCUCUGAACAGGAAAGACACUUUUUCCACACUAUUUUUCUCUACGCCACAACGCACGAGUAAACUCGAAUUCAAUUGAUGCAAUUCAUCAUUAGAAUCCACAGUUUGUCUUAAUAAAUGCUUCUUAUUUAAGGUGAUAAGCGUAACACUCCGUGUUCCUUUUUUAGAUUAACAUGAAGGCUCACAGCAAAGCACAGCCCCACUGAAAAAAUCAAAUAGCAAUGACUGACUCAAAAUUGCUGAAAUUCCCUUGAACCAGUGCACUCAUGAGGAAAAGUAGCCAGAGACAUGGUGUAGGUCUAAGUUCUGUGCAGUGUUACACAUGAGCAGGGUUCUGUGUUGUUGACCUUAUUAUUAUGUAUAUGAUGGUCCGGUAUUUAUUUGUGUCCUAGCAUAUUUGUGAUUGUGAUCAAAUAAAUUAUUUUCAUAUUUGAAGCACUAACUUUAUGUUUUUUACAUUACGUAUGCAGAAUACAGAGCAUACAUGGGCAGUGUAAGUUGUAUGUGUUUGGUAUAUGCCUUGGAGUU